AUGGCCAAGAGCUGCCGAGUCAGCACGCCGCGUGUUCUCUGCCUGCUUCUGGGCCUCGCGUCCGUGGCAACCAUCGUCACGCUGUGGACUCUGGCCCUGACCGGGGCCCGUGACGCCACGGCUCCGUGGCACAGGCACCGUCUCCCCGCCGCGCUGGCGCCCCGCUCCUACAACGUCACGCUGUGGCCGCGCCUCACGCCCGACCCGGACACCGGCCGCUACGUCUUCACAGGAACAUCGACGCUGGAGUUCCAGUGUGUGGAGGAGACCGACCUGAUCCUGCUCCACUCCCACAAGCUCAACUACACCCUGCAGCAGAACCAGCAGCUGGCGGCGCUGCUGGCCUCAGGUGGAGGCUCCGCUCCGGGCGUCCGCUCCUCCUGGCUGCAGGCGCAGACCCAGCUGCUGGUUCUGCAGCUGCACGGCAGGCUGAGAGAAGGUCAGACCUACCAGCUGCUCAGCCAGUUCGCGGGAGAGCUGGCCGACCAUCCGGCGGGACUCUACCGCAGCCAGUACCAGGAGGACGGAGUCCAGAAGGUGGUGGCCGCGUCUCAGAUGCACCCCACUCACGCCAGGAAGACCUUCCCGUGUUUGGACGAGCCGGCCAUGAAGGCCGUCUUCCGCCUGACGCUGCUCCACCCGCCGGGCACCGUGGCGCUGUCCAGCGGCCUGGAGGCAGAGGUGGUCAACACGACGGUCGACGGCGUGGCGGUGACGCGGACCACCUUUGAGCCCACCAGGAGAAUGUCCACGUACCUGCUGGCCGUGGUGGUCUCGGACUUCGCCCAGGUCCGCGAGCAGCAGGGAGACACGCUGGUCCGGAUCUGGGCCCGCCAGAGAGCUAUCCAGCAGGGGCAGGGCCACUACGCUCUGCAGCUGACCGGGCCGCUCCUGGACUUCUUCCAGAGCUACUACAACGUCUCGUACCCUCUGAGCAAGUCAGAUCAGAUCGCUCUGCCGGACUUCUCCUGCGGGGCGAUGGAGAACUGGGGUCUGGUCACCUACCGAGAGAGCAACCUGCUCUACUCGCCCGAGACCUCAUCCACCAGGAACAAGGAAGGCGUGGCGAGAACCAUGGCCCGCGAGCUGGCCCACAUGUGGUUCGGGAACCUGGUGACGCUGCGCUGGUGGAACGAGGUCUGGCUGAACGAGGGACUGGCCUCCUACCUGUCCUACCUGGGCGCCGACCGGGCAGAACCGGACUGGGACCUGAAAGACCUGAUUCUUCUGGACGACAUCCACAGAGCGUUCGCCGUGGACGCUCUGGUUUCCUCCCACCCGCUGUCGUCGGACGAAGACAGCGUGGAGCUGCCGGAGCAGAUCAGUGCGCAGUUCGACGCCAUCUCCUGCAGCAAGGGCGCCGCCGUGCUGAGGAUGCUGUCCGACUUCCUGUCCGAGCCGGUCUUCGUCCAGGGCCUCAGCACUUACCUCCACCACUUCACCUACAACAACACGGUGGGAAGUGACUUGUGGCGCCAUCUCCAGCAGGCAGUGGAGGCCAACAGGAUCCGCCUCCCUCGGCCGCUCCAUGACAUCGUCAACCGCUGGGUUCUCCAGAUGGGUUUCCCGGUGCUCACCAUAGACACGGCCUCGGGAGUCGUUUCUCAGAGUCGCUUCCUGCUGGAGCCGGACUCCCAGGUGGCGGCCCCGUCUCCAUACAGGUAUGAGUGGAUGAUUCCAGUCCGGUGGACGGAUCAGAGGUCCGGCGGCAGGCGGAAGGAGCUGUGGUGGCUGCUGGGCAAGACCGAUGUCAACGCGGAGAUGCGCAGCAGCGACGGCGGCUGGGUCCUGGCCAACAUCGACGUGACGGGGUUCUACAGAGUCAACUACGACCCGGGAAACUGGGAGCGGCUCCUGGAUCAGCUGCGGGUCGAUCACAAGAUGAUUCCACCGAUGAACCGGGCGCAGCUGAUGGACGACGCCUUCAACCUGGCCAGAGCUCAGCUGGUGUCCACCACUCUGGCGCUGAGGUCCACCACCUACCUGUCUGAGGAACGGGACUACGCCCCCUGGCAGUCGGCCCUGGACAACCUGCAGUACUACAGCCUUAUGCUGGACCAGACGGAGGUCUUGGGGCCCCUGCAGGAGUACCUGAAGCGGCUGGUGACGCCGCUCUUCCUCCAUUUCAAAGUCCUGACCUGCAACUGGACGGAGAUUCCAGACAAACACAGCGACCAGUCCAACCAGGUGAACGCCGUCCGCGUGGCGUGCCAGACCGGCGUGGCCGAGUGUCUGAGCCUGACCUCCGCCUGGUUCCGCCGCUGGAUGGAGGAGCCUGAGCGCAACACCAUCCACCCCAACCUGCGGGCGGCGGUCUCCUGCAGCGCGGUGGCGGCGGGCGGCGAGGCCGAGUGGGACUUCGUCUGGCUGCAGUUCCAGAAGGCGGCGUCAGCCAGCGAGGCCAGCCGGCUGCUGGGGCCACUGGCGUGCAGCGCCGACACGCGGCGGCUGAGGAGGCUCCUCUCCUACGCCUUGGAUCCAGGCCUGAUACGGAAGCAGGACGCCGCCGCGCUCAUCACGUCCGUGGCCAGCAACUGCGUGGGGCAGGACCUGGCCUGGGACUUUGUGAGGACCCACUGGAACUACAUGCUGACGGACUACGGCGCCGGAUCCUUCGCCUCCAUCAUCGGCGGCGUCACCGCCAGGUUCUCCACCCCGGAGCAGCUCCGGCAGCUGCAGGACUUGGUGGAGCAGCUGGGCUCUGCCGGGCUGGACCCGGCCUCUCUGGCCGUGGAGCAGGCCGUGGAGAGAAGCAGGUCCAACAUCAAGUGGCGGCAGAAGAACCAGCAGCUGGUGUGGGACUGGCUGGCUGGUCAGGCUGGCCUCAGUCCUGACCUCCGGUGA